AUGCAGAUCAUUCUUGAGAAGAUUGGACCCUGGGGAGGAAAUACCGGGAGAAAACGAGACAUAAAGGUGGCACCACGUUAUCUAAGAAGUAUGAGAAUUUGCUGUGGUGAUGUUAUAGAUGCGUUUGCAUUUUCUUACCUGGACAGAAAUGAGAAUCUGCAUGAGACACCUCUUUGGGGUGGUGUUGGUGGGACCAUCCACACGAUUCUACUAGAACCCUCGGAGUUUUUGAUUGAAAUUUCAGGGACUUUUGGUCCAUAUGGUCAAUUUCCCAGCAUCAUAAAGUCACUUAUGCUUGUGACCAACUUACGUAUCUAUGGACCUUUUGGGCAGCUACAUGGAACUCCUUUCCACUCUCGAGUGAAGAAAAACGACAGUAUUGUUGGCUUCUUUGGGUGCUCAGGGGAAUUUCUAGAUGCAAUAGGUGUUUACAUUCAUCCUUAG